CACACAAACACACACACGGACAGACAAUAGCACCGAAAGCUGAGGGGUUAUAUACACCAGGAUAAACGCUACGUUUGAUUUUUUACCCCCUCCCAUCUGUGCCAUUUCGGAUUAUACUUCCACUGCGACGAGAGGAUUUUUUUUUAUUCCUAAAUGCUGAUCGGACACUUGGACUGAUUGUCACCGGCGCCAUGAGUGGGCUUCUGAAGAGGAAGUUUGAGGAGGUGGAUGAGGACCCGUGCUACUCCUCGCCCUCUUCCCUCUCCUCUGCCUGCUCAGGCUGGGACUCGGAGGGGGAGAGCUGCUACUCCGACACUCUGGAUUCCACUCCCAGCAACCCCAGCUCUCCGGCAACACAUUUCACCACAACAUCCAUCCUCAAGAAAUCCAAGAGGCUGAGGCGGGGCAAUGUGACGUUCAACCAGGUGACCGUGUUCUCCUUCCCUCGGUGUCAGGGCUUCACCAGCGUUCCCAGUCGAGGAGGCUGCACCUUGGGCAUGGUGCAGCGCCACAGCGCGCUGCGCACGUACACGCUGGCGGAGUUCGCUGUGCAGCAGCGGCUCCUGCGCAGAGAAAAACUCCUCAACAGAGUCAGGGAGGAGAAGCUGGAAGCUCUCAAACAGAAGCUGACGAAGAAUGGGACCCAGGAAAGCGAGGAGGCGGAUCGGCUGACGCUGGACGACAUCCCGGAACAGAACGUCGACAUUAGUGGCGCCAACCUGGAAGAGGGCUCUUUUCUCCAGCCUUACCCGUCCAAACAGCGCUACGCACUGCUCAAAGCGGCAGGUGUGAAGAAGAUCGACAAGGAGGAGAAGAAGCAGCUGCACGACUUGAGGAUCUCCAGGGAGAACUGCGGCUGUGACUGCCAGGGUUUCUGCGAGCCAGAGACGUGCAGCUGCAGCCUCGCUGGCAUUAAAUGUCAGAUGGACCAUUCCUCCUUCCCGUGUGGUUGCACCAAAGAUGGAUGCGGAAACACGGAGGGCCGCGUCGAGUUCAACUCCACCCGGGUGCAGACGCAUUACAUCCACACCAUCAUGAAGCUGGAGCUGGAGAAGCGGCUGGAGGAGCAGUCCGGCACGGAGGAGGACGAGGAGGGGAGCACCGCGGGGGCGGCGUCCCUCUCGGCGGCGUCCCUCUCGGCGGCGCCCUCCUUCCCCUUCAGCUCGGCGCUGGCCGCGGCCGGGGAGAACACCUGCAGCAGCGACACGACGGACCUGUCGGACUCCUCGCGCCAGAGCGAGGACUCCGAGGCGGGCGAGAGCUGGCGCCGCAGCUCGCUGGACGUCGACGAGAACGGCCUGAGCCGGAUAUUGCGUUUCAGCGACACGGAGAGCGGCGAGAGCGAGGACAAGAGCGGUGUGGACGCCCGCCGCUCGGGUCCGCUGCAAGCGAAACCGGAGCCAUCCACCGAGGCGUUCAGCAGCUUCAGCAUGGUGGACUUUGCAGAUGAGAAUGACAAUAUAGAUGCUGCGCUGUUGGACUCUGCAGACAGUCUUACGGACAAUCAAGCUACAGCCAUUUCAGAACUUUUGGACGAGAACGCCAACCAGGGAAACGCCCUGUUUCACAGUAGCAGCGUGCCACACACCCCCUCCCCUACAAUCGACCGCACGGCAAGCUACAACAUGGACCUGAGCCUCUCGUCUGAGUCGGACCUGGAGUUCUUCGACGGCUUCCCAUGUUUGGGCCCCAGCUCRCUUUACAACUCCCUCAAGGAAUACGAGCACAUGGACAACUAUUUCCAGUUUCAGUUGCCCAGUUGCCCCAGUUUUCCCGCAGCGAGCGACCCCGGGACCUGCCUCCUGGAGUCUCUGAUCGGCCUUUCGGAAUCCGUCCCAGAACCCCCCGCUACAUUUACGGACAAUCAGCUGAUGGAGGAAGCCAUGAAGUUGUCUGUGAUGGAGUCUGUGAAAGUCUGACAUUUUAAGAAACAAAAAAGGGGGGUUUAGAAAGGGAACUGAAAAAAAAAUGCACAUAAGAUGUCAAACAUGUUGGAGGAAGCUGUGAUUUUUCUCUCGCCUAAAUACAUGUUCCGAUUCCAGACUUGCCUUUCAAAGCGUCAGCGGAGCGGGUUUUUGGGAUUAUCGCUGUGUGAGACGGCAGCUAGGGUUAAACGUGAAAAAGAGACRACAUUAAUUGGACCAGACCCGUAGAAAAACGACGACGGCUCGCAAAUUCUAAGGAAGCUCUUUUAAACCAAACCAAGAUCACCAACCACACGCUCAGAACAGGAAUCAACCUUUUUUUAUUGUGGCCAGGUUGGGAAUCUCAACACAGCUGAAUGUGCACCUCAGGGAUAUUUUUAUUUCUAGCUUUCUAGCUUUUGGAGGCAAUGUGUGGUGACCAUUGCUGUGAUUGCCUUCAUACGAAACCCGAGUGAAUCGCGACAUAGUUCUGUUUGUGUCCUGCCUUCGUGCUUGCAGUCAGACGACUGAAGCAAGUGGUGACACCGGAUGUUCCGGUGUUUUGUAGCGGGGUUCUGUGGAAGGGUAAAGAACAAUUAUCUGUUUUAAAAACUGCUUAUUGAACAACCUCAGUAUUGUUUGGGUAGAAAUUUGUUAGAAUUCGAUUGACAAAGUAACUAAAGGCAGGUUCAAAACUUAUUUUAAAACUCCAGCUUCAUUGAAUUAAUACCGAUUCACGUGAACACUAUUAUUAUUUAUACCACUAUCAAUUUUCAUAUAUAAUUCUAGCAGGAAUAUCGUAAUAAAGAUAUUCCUAUAAAAAUUACAAUAAUGACUAUUUUAGGAUUGGAACUGUUCUAAAACAGCAGCAAUCCACUUUAGCCAUAGUUGCACUCUGAUGGACCGUUAGCUUGUCAAUCUAAUCCCAGUUUCCCUAAACUGAGGUCAUUCAAAGACAUAUCUACAGCUGCACCUUUCCAAAGAAUCCCACUUCAAAAUAUCUGAACUAUCCCUUUAAAGGCAGUGCACCUCAGGAUCUAUCUGAAGAGUCUUAAAUGGUACAAAAAAAGAAAUCCCUCUAAAAGCUCCUUGAUCAGCACUUUAUCUGUGAAACUAGUUAUGUACGCWUAGGCAUUGUUUUGGUCGUUCGGGACGGAUUCAACAGUUCAACGCUAAGUUAUGGAGUUUCUUAUUUAUGAGCUGAGCAACCGCAAUUAUUGCUUGUGUACUCCUAAAAAGAAUAUCAAAGCUGUAUCUGUGUUUUCUUUUAUUACUUUAAAUUAUUUUCUUUAUUGUCGUAUUUAUUUCAGACAGAAAAAAAAAGGCCUCCAUUCAUUCAAGCAGCACUGCGGUUUGUUUUUACCUAAAUGUGCAAUCUUUUUUCUUUUUUUUUUUUUUCUUCUGUUAUUCCGCAACACAUUUAGGUAUUUUUUUUUGUUCUGGAAAACGGGACCACACGUCCAUCAGAAAGUAUUUAAUAUGUAUUCUCCGUUGUAAGUUAUUCUGUCUUUACUUCAUUAGUUUAUUUAAUUUAAGAUGUUUUGGCAAUAACGCGGGCUUUUGUAAAGUUUACUGGAUGUGCCUGUUUAUCAGGGGGAGCCAUGCCUGCCUGUGGUGUGAAUGUGUGUUUGGCUCUGUGUGUGUGUGUGUGCGUGUGUGUGUGCGUGUGUGUGCGUGUGCGUGCUCAGUGCUUCCAUUUAAGCUUUUGGGACUGAAAACUGUGGAACCUCCCUAAUCACUGAAACAAAAUUAUGGGUCUAUUAUAUUGCUGCCUCUAAUAUAACCAUAGAAAAAUUAACUAAUAUUUUCUAACUAAUUUAUGUAGGAUGAGGAAAGAAUUCUAAUCACUGACAAAUUGAAUAUUUUAUUAAGAAAGUAAAAAUGAGUAAGUUUCAAUCUGGAAAACAGCCUUUGUAAUAUAAGACUUAUAGAGAAAUGUAUUCUUAUGAAGGUUAAUGCUUUCUGGAGCAUUCUGAAGUAUUUUUCAUAGGCAGCCGUAUGAUUAAAUAACUUAGAGAAAUGUCACUAAAACUGAAAUAGCAAAAAAAAAAAAUCAAUUUGAUUGUACUCUGAAUUUUCAUUUGGAAGUCUGUGACUUGGGUGAAAAUAUGCUAUAAAAAGAGGUUUUUGUGGCUAAGAACUGCAUAUAUUAUACAGUUUUUACCUGAGAUGAUUAGAGAAGUUGCCUCGUUGAUUAUAAAACGGAGGUGAUUGUGCGGUCGCCUGUGUGAAGAGCAGAGGGACGCUAAAAAGAGUUGAUGUACAUAUCUCACCCUUUCUACAGCUGUUUCUAUCAGGCUUUCUGGACCCUUUAGAAAUUAUGCAUGCAGGUCCUGUUUGUUAAAACUUGUUCUGAUUAAUUGUAUACAUUGAAAAGUGCACAUUGUGCACAAUGGAAUUGUAUUAUCCGCUUUUUGCCUUUUUUUUUUUAAAAAAAGUUGCUUUUAAAUCCAUCUGAUUAUGUGUUUGUAUGCCACAGUGAUGGCACUAAUUUUUUCGCUUUUUUUGCAAGCAAAUAUUUCUCUUGUAUAAAACAUCGAAUCUCAUGAAGAAAUGUCAACAGUGAGUGUUUAUCAGUGUAAUAUAUGACAGUACGGUUUAUAUAUUUUUAUUUCAAAAGAACGUGUCUUACUUUUUUUUGCCUUUUUGUGUUGUGCAUAUUUCUGCUUGAAAGGUCCUGCAGAGCAAACAAAGCUGCUUUAUUUUUUACAUAUUUUCACACAUUAACCUGCUGUUCAAAAAAAACAAUUUCUUUCAUCUAAACCAUUUUGACAGCUUGUCCCUCCAAAUAACAAUAAAAAAAUCAUUUUAUAAA